GUCAGCCUGCCGUUCUGCCUUGCAGAAGGAGAUGGGUUGACGAAGGGAUGAGCUGCAUGUAGAAGCUGGCAAUGAGCCCAGCCUCCUCUUGGCACCCCUCCUGCUGUGGGACAAGGAGAACCAGGGAUGGACCCCCAGAGGCAGGCAGGUGCGGAUGCAGCGGAGACCCUCACUCACCCGUACCGGCCGCGGAGCCGCUCCCCGCCGCGCUGCUGGCUCAGGUCCAACCCAUACCAAGCUGACCUGCUGCGGGAUGGCGUGCGGAGAUACCUGCAGCUGCCAGCAGAGCAGACAGUGCUCAUACUGCAUGCCAAAGUCGCCCAGAAGUCGUAUGGCAACGAGAAAAGGUUUUUUUGCCCCCCACCUUGUGUUUAUCUGGGCGGGCCAGGAUGGAAGCUAAAGCAGGAGCAGCUAACAGCCAGGGACGUGGGAGAGGCAGGGCUCCGUGUGUGGGGCUACAUGGGGCUGGACACCAUGGGCAGCAGCCUGAUGGAGACACAGAAGCUCAGCUUUGAGGAGCAGCCGGAUGCAAAGGGGUUUGGCUGUGCCAAGGCUCUGUACAUCUCAGAUACGGAUAAGCGCAAGCAUUUCCGCCUGGUCCUGAAGCUCUUCUUCAGCAACGGGCAGGAGAUCGGCACCUUCCACAGCAAGCUGAUCAAGGUCAUCUCUAAGCCCUCGCAGAAGAAGCAGUCGCUGAAGAACACGGAUCUGUGCAUCUCCUCAGGCUCCAAAGUGUCCCUCUUCAACCGCCUGCGCUCACAGACCGUCAGCACCCGCUACCUGUCCGUGGAGGGAGGAGCCUUCAUCGCCAGUGCCAGGCAGUGGGCAGCCUUCACCCUGCACCUGGCUGAUGAGCGCUGCACCCAAAGUGAGUUUCCCCUGCGGGAGGGAUACAUCCGCUACGGCUCUGUGGUCCAGCUCAUCUGCACGGCCACCGGCAUCACCCUGCCACCCCUGAUCAUUCGGAAGGUGAGCAAGCAGUAUGCUAUGCUGGACGUGGACGAGCCCAUCUCCCAGCUCCACAAGUGUGCCUUCCAGUUCCAGGGCAGCGACCGCAUGUACCUGUGUCUGUCCACAGAGAAAGUCAUACAGUUCCAGGCAUCGCCAUGUCCAAAGGAAGCCAACCGGGAGCUGCUGAAUGACGGCUCCUGCUGGACCAUCAUUGGCACUGAGACGGUGGAGUACAGCUUCAGCGAGAGCCUGGCCUGUGCUCGUGAGCCCGUCAGCCCUGUGCCCCUCAUCACAGCCUUGCAGCUCAGUGGCGGAGGGGAUGUGGCCAUGCUGGAGGUGCAAGGAGAGCAUUUCCAUGCUCACCUCAAGGUCUGGUUCGGGGACGUGGAAGCAGAGACGAUGUACAGGAGCCCCAAAUCCCUGAUGUGUGUUGUCCCUGAUGUCUCUGCCUUCGGCAGCGACUGGAGGUGGCUGCGGUACCCCAUCACUGUCCCACUCCUGCUGGUCAGGGAUGAUGGCCUCAUCUACUCCAGCUCCUUCACCUUCACCUACACCCCAGAGCAGAGCUUCCUUCCAGGGCAGCAGCUCCCUGCUGAUGUCCCACAGGACUCAGACACACUGCUCAACAGCAUCCACCAGGAGUUCACCAGGACCAACUUCCACCUCUUCAUGCACAGCUAGUGAGCUGGGUGGGAAGCAUUCGUUGCCAGCAGCCCUUGGCCAUGCCCAAGAGUCCCCUGUAUACCUGCUGUGUCCUGACCUGCUGUCUCUUGCAACAGCAGAAAUCUCACAUCUGGGCACCAAUAAAUCA